AUGGCGCCUCCCCCACUAGCGCCUCCGCCGCGGGUGCUCCUGCCAUCAUCACCACUGCCGGUCCGGUCACCUGCACCAGAUGGGUGCCUCUCACCGCCCCCACGACUGCCACUGCCAUGUUCCUCCACGGUGCCAGAACCGAUGGACACUGAGGCUGUCAUCACGCUGCCCCCGUCGCCCAUGGAUAUCGUGGCUCCACCUCCUCAUCUAAGCAUACCAAGUGGCGGUGCGCGGCCUUGGCAGGUUUACCACGGGGUGUUUUCCUCGCCCCCUCACGAGCAAUUCGGGGACGUGGGUGGACAGCGUGCCCUGGUGGUUCUUCUGUCUGCUCCCUCAGUUGCACAGCCCCUGGGUGCCUCCACCCACCAUCAGAAGCCCUACUCAACGACGGCAUUUAUGCAAGUGGGAAAUGGACUACCAGGGGUGAGGUAG